GCCACGAAUCGAUGCGUCGGUAAGGGUAUCAGUGUAAAGAACGCAGCCCGUAAACAACCGAACCAUCAUGGGCUGAUAACGCUCGGGCCGCCUGGGACUGCAGAGAACGGGCCGUGGUCAGAAACGGUUUCGGAGUCGCGGGAUCUAACAGGAGCGUCACAGUGUACUGAUGAUCAUCGUAGUGGACGGAGUUGGCAAAUGGGAAAGUUCGAGCUGGAAACGGCGCCUCCGAGCGCGGAGUUGUUGGAGAUCGCCAAGCAGGAGCUCCGGGAGACCCCGGAAGUGCGGGCAGCGGCUGUGGAGGAGCUACGCAAACUGCUCGAAGCGGCCACCGAUCUCUGCUACCCGAACGAUGAAGACUUCCUGAUCAUCUUCCUUCGUCCGACAAAGUUCUACCCCGAAAGUGCGCUGAAGUUGAUGCGCAACAUUGCAGAGUUCAACAAGAACUACAAGGAAACGCUGUACAACCUGAUGCCGAGCGAUGUGCAGAACGUGUUCAUCGAGCACAACAUCAUCAACAUUCUGACCAACCGGGAACAGAGUGGGCGUCGUGUGAUGAUCGUGAACAUGGGCGAACCCUGGGACCCGAAAGCCGUGUCCGAGGAGCACAUCUUCCGCGUGCUGUACACGAUCCACAAGCUGGCAAUGCUGGAACCGGCCACCCAGAUCAACGGUGUGGUGGUGAUCUACGACUUCAAGGGGAUGGGCAUGAAGCACGUCAAAUCGAUGUCGCCGGGUGGUGCCAAGCGACUGCUGACCUUCAUCCAGGAGGCGAGCCCGCUGCGUGUGAAGGGCAUCCACUUCAUCAACCAGCCUAUGAUUUUCAGCAUGGUGUGGUCACUGUUCAAGCCGUUCGUGAAGGAGAAGCUGAACAAGCGUAUGUUCUUCCACGGUGACAAAAUGGCCAAGUUGCACGAGCACGUACACAAGGAGUUCCUGCCAUCGAACUACGGCGGAACUCUGCCCGCGUUGGACUACGGUGGCAAGGAGUGGUACCCGGUGGCGGAACAGCAUCUCGACUUCAUCAAGAAAUGGAACUCGUGUGGGUUUAAGUAACCCCGGGAAAGUUCGGGAGAUCGAGGCUGAAGUUCGGAGGAACUGCCAGUUGCCAAAAAUGCAUCUUUAUCAUCACCACGCCACGGGUUUGCCUCAUUGACCGUGACCACCAAGCCAUCGGGUAGCUAAAGGGAGAGAGAGAGAGACAGAGAGGACACAUUCGCUGUCUAACUCGUUAUCAAUCGGUCGUUGUAUGACUCCAAUAGACGUCAAACGUUUCUUUCCUUUUCACUCUUUCUAUCUCUCUCUCUCUCUCUGUCGCACUCUCCCAUCGUUUUUCUGUUUCUAUUUGUGCGCUUAUCAUUCAUCUGCCGAACCAACAGUUCCGAGUGUUUUAUUUUUAGUGUCAACCAUUUUCGAUCCCUCAGGCACAAUGGGAUGCGUUACAGUUUCGGAGCGUCAUGUGAAGCAGUUAUGGAAAAGACUCGAUUAUUACACUCAUGUUGCACUUGUUAUCACAGUUUGUUACGAGUUCUGUGUGCAUAAAUAAACAUACGCGUUUUUGAAAAGAA